AAACCGGAAACUUUGCAGACAAAGUUCGGAGCUCCACCCCCGCCGCCGCGACCUGCAGCUUCUAGCACGGACGGAGUGACCGCUCGGCCCGGCUCUCGAGUGCGCCAUGUCGGGUUCCUCCAGCGUCGCCGCCAUGAAGAAGGUGGUUCAGCAGCUCCGGCUGGAGGCCGGCCUCAACCGCGUGAAGGUUUCCCAGGCAGCUGCAGACUUGAAACAGUUCUGUCUGCAGAAUGCUCAGCACGACCCUCUGUUGACUGGAGUGUCUUCAAGCACAAAUCCCUUCAGGCCGCAGAAAGUCUGCUCCUUUCUGUAGUCCACCUUUCAGAGGUUUGUUAAGCCACUUUUCAUGAACCAGUGAAUAUUCAAGAGAACUAAAUUUGAAGCCUGUACAAAAGUGUCCCUGUAACACAUGUGCCAUAAUACAAUCUUCUACUUGUCAGUCCUUAACAGCUACCUCUCUGAAUUUUCAUGGAUUUCUGUUUCACAAGGUUAUAACUAUUUUAUAUACACUGGCUGUAACAUACAAUAAAACAGCAUACAAAUUUUUGGCCUUAUUACUAGUAUGAAA